AUGCUAGCCAGUCUUGCUAUCUCCAGGAUUGCCAUUAUCAAAAACCUUCACACUGUAAAGUGCUCCCAAGCCGAGUCUGAUGUGAUUCAGCUACUGAAGCUAGGUCACCAAAAUCAAGCCAUUGUCCGUGUUGAGCAAGUCAUCAAGGAGCAAAAUAUAUUAGAUGCAUAUGUAUUGAUUGAGAACUACUGCUAUCUCUUGGUGGAGAGAGCUGAGAUGGUCAAAAAUAGCAGGGAAUGUCCUGCUGAGCUCAAAGAGACAGUAUCGACCUUAAUCUUCGCAGCUUCGAGGUGUGCGGAUUUCCCAGAGCUGCAAGAGAUUCGUGUUUUAUUCACAUCCAAGUUUGGUAAAGAGUUCGCCAAAAGCUCGGUGGAAUUAGAAAAUAACUGCACGGUUUAUCCCAAGAUGAUACAGAGAUUUUCGACACAGCAACCAAGCUUGGAAAGCAGACAAAAUUUAUUAAAGCAAAUCGCUAAACAUAAUGGAAUCACUCUUCAACUGGACCAUGACGAAGUCUUUGAUAUCUCAAAUACGGUAAAACAGAAGGACGAACAAUUACACAUGCACACAUCAAAUGAAUAA